CUCUACGCAUACUGUACGGCACGUACUGUUGGCCAAAUGUGUAACAGCAAUAUUUUGACAGAGAAGAUACGUACGCGCUGUUCAGAAAUAACAUGCGCAUGGCUGCUAUAUUGAAUAUUUGACAGUUAGUGUGACGGUCAUACUCAUGAGAAUUGGUUUCCGAAAAGCGUGAAAAACAUCAAGGAUCCGGGGUCCCUUGUUUAAAAAGCCGCGAGUCGCGCCAAGCGCUGGGAGGUGUCAGCGAACAAGUGGGGAAAGGGGAACCGCGAGGCAGCGGCAAUACACAGAGGCAUACAGGCGUGUGUACAUGCACGAAGUAAGUACGAGGUUAGCCCCGGCGUCGUCGCGUCCGCCCGUGUCGACGACCUAGCCUAAGCCCGAUUCGUAACCUAACCUCGAGCAAGGGGUUAGGCCUUGGUCCUGUGAACGGAGGCGCAUGUGUGACGGCCGAUGAGCGAAACUGAGGGCGACAGUAACAGCAAUAGCAGCGGCAACAGCGGCUACAGGGACUUUUUGACCGAAGCCUGGCCCUGAGUUCAGGGGACGUCUGGCUGUCAUCGGCUUCGAGCACCGCCACCAAGGCCGUAACAACCCAUCCUACGGACUAGGCUUGAGAUGAGCGACCAUGGUUGCAUACACUUGAAUAACUUCAAGGCAGCCAAGGGCAUACAGCCCUACAAAGUCAUACACUCUUUUUUCGUAACUAGUACCAGUAACGAGGCACGCGUCAGGAAGGCUGUAAGCUGCUUGUGUCAUACGUGUAAAAGUUACAAGGAUCGACUCCAUUCGUGUUUGCAUUGUAUAUUCUUCGGCUGCUACGUUAAGGGCCAUAUUCAAGAGCACGCCAAGACAAAAAAGCAUUUUCUUGCGGUAGACCUGUGCUACGGUAAUAUCCUGUGCUUUCAAUGUGGUGACUACGUGUACGAUCGAGAGCUCCUUGUAGUGGCGAAAGCCCAAUGGAGUGAGACCGCAAAGUCUCUUAGUCUUGGAGAAUUUUAUAGGACAUGGGAACCUUCUCUUUACGAAGUCGAACUUUUAAAGAAGAACCCGCGUAGAAGACGCGUUGUCGAGAACUCCACCAUCGGUUUGCGCGGCCUAAUAAACCUGGGAAGCACGUGCUUUAUGAACUGCAUUGUACAAGCACUGAUCCACACGCCACUACUGCGCGACUACUUUCUCGCAGACAGACACCAUUGCCCGCAGCCAAAUCGUUGUCUCGUCUGUGAAGUUUCGAGCCUCUUUCAGGAGUUCUACUCCGGUAACAAAGCGCCUCUCAUUCUCCACAAACUUCUCCAUCUUAUUUGGACGCACGCACGUCACCUCGCCGGUUAUGAGCAACAGGAUGCUCACGAAUUCUUUAUUGCCACCCUUGAUGUCUUGCACAGGCAUUGUGAACAGUAUUCCCAAGUCGCGCCCCUCAUCGUCAAAGAUAACCCACAUCACUGCAAUUGUAUCAUUGACCAAAUAUUCACUGGAGGCUUGCAGAGCGAUGUUGUAUGCCAGGCCUGCAAUGGCGUUUCAACAACGAUCGACCCUUUUUGGGACAUAUCCUUAGAUUUGGGCCCAACAGCUGGUAGCGGUGGUCCAUCGUCGGGACUGAGUAAGGAGGGUGGUGGAGCGCCCACGUCUCUCCUAGACUGCCUGGAGCGCUUCACACGAGCAGAGCACCUCGGUUCCUCGGCCAAGAUUAAAUGUAACAACUGCCAGACCUAUCAAGAGAGCACCAAGCAACUGACCAUGAAGCAGUUGCCCAUCGUUGCAAGCUUUCACCUCAAACGCUUCGAGCAUUCAAGCAUUCAGGACAAGAAAAUAUCCACCUUUAUCUCCUUUCCAGAGCAGCUUGACAUGACACCCUUCAUGUCGCAUCGAAGGAAUGGCAAUAACAACAGUGCUGCACCAAAUGGACUUCACAAAAAUGGCGAGGAUGCGGCCUUCAGCGAUAACAGGUAUUCAUUAUUUGCUGUUAUAAAUCAUGAAGGUUCACUGGAGACUGGCCAUUAUACUGCUUUUAUACGUCAGCAGAGAGACCAGUGGUUUAAAUGCGAUGAUCAUCUUAUUACAAGAGCUAGAUUAAAAGAUGUAUUAACUAGUGAAGGGUAUUUACUAUUUUAUCACAAACAAAUCCUGGAGUACGGACGAAAUAGUAAGGUGUGAAAAUCUGACGAUAUGAUUAUUUUUUGACUAUAUAAUUCCAAUUUACAUAUAAUUUAAAAAUAAGUUUGCCAGUCAAGAAAAAUUUGAUUCUAGACGCAAAGCAAAUGAUUACCGAACAUGAAAUAAGAUUUACUUGCUUAUUCUAGGGGAAAAAGAAAAGCUUGUACUUAUUUUAUAAAUCGUAUCUAAAUUGUUUGUUUAUCUAUGUAUGUCAUAGAGUGACCAACGUAGUGCAAAGUUUGCUGAAUAAACAACGUGGAUUCAUUUUAGAUGAGAAUAAAAAUCUGGAAAUAGUGAAAUACUGAUAAUACGAAGUGACUUGUCAUUUCGUACAAAAUUCCUCUUACUGCUCUUUCAUUCAAUUGUAAUUUCAACUCCGUUUUACGAUUACAUGGAAAAAAUUGAGGAAAGAAGGGCAAUGAAUUUUUCCAUUGACCUCAGUAGACAAGUACUAUGAUUAGCUUUAGGGAAUAAUUUCGCUCAUAUGGUCAAUAAAUUUGCUAUUAUAUUGUGAACAUAAACUCUUUUUCAAUGAUACACAAUGUUUAAAGUAUGGCAUUUGCUAUAGAGAAUUGAUUUCAAUUCUAUUCGGCACAUCAAUAAAUAUCAAAUUUUAUAGUUUAAAUUCUGUUUAUACAAAGAUAAAAUAAUUUCAAGAUAUUUUCGUAUUAUAAUGAUUUCUAUAAGACGAUAUGAAAUGUUACGUAUUUAUCCAUGAAAUAUAGAUAAGCGUUUAUUUAUUUACUAUGUUAA